AUGAAAAAGAGAUCAGUGAAAACCAGAACCAUGGUGCCAAACACUUACUGGGUCUACCACCAGUCUACCACCAGCUGGGAGGAAGGAUCUGAGGAGAACAUGAAGAACCAGGAGGAGAAAAUGAAGAACCAGGAGGAGAGCAUGAGGAACCAGGAGGAGAACAUGAGGAACCAGGAGGAGAACAUGAAGAACCAGGAGGAGAAAAUGAAGAACCAGGAGGAGAGCAUGAGGAACCAGGAGGAGAACAUGAGGAACCAGGAGGAGAACAUGAAGAACCAGCAGGAGAAAAUGAAGAAUCAGGAGGAGAACAUGAACAAGCAGGAGGAGAACCAGGAGGAGAACAUGAACAAGCAGGGGGAGAAAAAGAAGAACCAGGAGGAGAACAUGAAGAACCAGGAGGAGAAAAUGAAGAACCAGCAGGAGAACAUGAGGAUCCAGGAGGAGAAAAUGAAGAACCAGGAGGAGAACAUGAAGAACCAGGAGGAGAACAUGAGGAACCAGGAGGAGAACCAGGAGGAGAACAUGAACAAGCAGGGGGAGAAAAAGAAGAACCAGGAGGAGAACAUGAAGAACCAGGAGGAGAAAAUGAAGAACCAAGAGGAGAACAUGAGGAACCAGGAGGAGAACAUGAGGAACCAGGAGGAGAACAUGAAGAACCAGCAGGAGAAAAUGAAGAACCAGGAGGAGAAAAUGAAGAACCAGGAGGAGAACCAGGAGGAGAACAUGAACAAGCAGGGGGAGAAAAAGAAGAACCAGGAGGAGAACAUGAAGAACCAGGAGGAGAAAAUGAAGAACCAAGAGGAGAACAUGAGGAACCAGGAGGAGAACAUGAAGAACCAGCAGGAGAAAAUGAAGAACCAGGAGGAGAACAUGAAGAACCAGGAGGAGAAAAUGAAGAACCAGGAGGAGAACAUGAGGAACCAGGAGGAGAACAUGAAGAACCAGGAGGAGAAAAUGAAGAACCAGGAGGAGAACAUGAGGAACCAGGAGGAGAACAUGAAGAACCAGGAGGAGAAAAUGAAGAACCAGGAGGAGAACAUGAGGAACCAGGAGGAGAACAUGAGGAACCAGGAGGAGAACAUGAAGAACCAGGAAGAGAAAAUGAACAAGCAGGGGGAGAAAAAGAAGAACCAGGAGGAGAAAAUGAAGAACCAGGAGGAGUAAAUGAAGAACCAGGAGAAGAACAUGAGGAACCAGGAGGAGAACAUGAAGAACAAGCAGGAGAAAAUGAAGAACCAGGAGGAGAACAUGAACAAGCAGGAGGAGAACCAGGAGGAGAACAUAAACAAGCAGGGGGAGAAAAAGAAGAACCAGGAUGAGAACAUCAAGAACCAGGAGGAGAGAAUGAGAAACCAGGAGGAGAACAUGAACAAGCAGGGGGAGAAAAACAAGAACCAGGAUGAGAACAUGAAGAACCAGGAGGAGAGAAUGAGGAACCAGGAGGAGAACAUGAACAAGCAGGGGGAGAAAAAGAAGAACCAGGAGAAGAACAUGAAGAACCAGCAGGAGAAAAUGAAGAACCAGGAGGAGAACAUGAACAAGAGGGCUGUAAAGCUCCGCUGGCAGCUCCGUUUGCCUGCCUACCGCCUGCAGCUCCGUCUGCCCGCCCCCCGGCUGCAGCUCCGUCUGCCCGCCCGCCGGCUGAAGCUCCGUCUGCCCGCCCGCCGGCUGCAGCUCCGUCUGCCCGCCUGUCGCUUGCAGCUCCGUCUGCCCGCCUGUCGCUUGCAGCUCCGUUUGCCUGCCUACCGCCUGCAGCUCCGUCUGCCCGCCCGCCGGCUGCAGCUCCGUCUGCCCGCCUGUCGCUUGCAGCUCCGUCUGCCCGCCCGCCGCCUGCAGCUCUGUGAAGAGCAGGUCACAGACACGGAGAUGCUCCACUCUGAAGGGCCUGAACCUGAACUCAAGGAAAAGGUCUAG